GAAGAAUCCAACAUCAUGGCGGCCGGAGGAGGCGAAUGGUGUUUGAUAGAAAGCGAUCCUGGAGUUUUCACUGAAUUAAUCCGUGGCUUUGGUACGUAUCAUGAUUCAUUAUAUAAUGCCAAGUAUUCAUUUGGACUCAUUUUCUUGUUUUGUAGACAACAGAUGUUUGAAUUUGAUGCUAAACUCCCUCAGAAAGAUGAAAAUGUAUAUCACUUUGUGGCCUAUGUUCCAAUUAACGGCAAGCUUUAUGAGCUGGAUGGUUUAAGAGAUGGACCAAUUGAUCUGGGACCUUGUACUCCUGAAAACUGGCUCACUGUCUGCAAGCCAAUCAUAGAAACAAGAAUGCAGAAAUACUCAGCAGAGGAAAUCCACUUCAACCUAAUGGCAAUUGUUUCAUCAAGGAAGUCAAUUCACCUCAAAGAUAUCGACAGACUGAACCAGAGAAAAACACAGAUUUUAGACCAGAAUCCUCUUGCUUUCCAGGGAGGAGAGGGAAUGGAGACUGACCAGAUGGCAUCUUCAGCAAGCGAGUUUCAAGCUAUUAUAAAGAACAUUGAUAGUGAAAUUUCUCGACUGCAGACACUUAUUGUGGGAGAGGAUGACAAAAUGAUACGAUACAAGGUUGAGAACAUCAGAAGAAAACACAACUAUCUACCUUUGAUCAUGGAACUUUUAAAAGUCUUGGCCAAACAGGGAAAAUUGGUGCCAUUGGUGGAAAAAGCAAAAGAAGACGUUCAGGCCAAGAAGGCGGAGCAAGCAAAAUGAAAGAAGACACAAAAGACACAAAAUGCCCCGGCGACUUUCAGCAAAGUCAAGGAAAUCUCUGCAUUCAAUUUUGUCAAUUUCGUUUUACAUUACCUGUACAGCAGCAAUUUAAAAGUAAAUUAAACGUUCCUGUAUAUGUUUUGUACAAA